UUUUUAAAAGCCCAGCAAAGCAAGAUGGCGGUGCAGGAGACAGCAUCUCAACUCUCCAUGGCUCUCAAAGUCCAAGAAUACCCCACCUUGAAGAUAACUGUGGAGGGGGCGUGGCCUGCGGGCCUGCAGCAAACCACGGUGUGCCAGGACCGGCCUCUAAAUCAGCGACAGGUGCCCUACGAGACUCUGAACAAACGCUUCCGAGCUGCCCAGAAGAAUAUCGACAGGGAGACGAGUCACGUGACCAUGGUGGUCGCCGAGCUGGAAAAGACGCUCAGCAGCUUCCCAGUGGUGGACUCCGUGGUGUCCCUGCUGGACGGCGUGGUGGAGAAACUCAGCGCCCUGAAGCGAAAGGCUGCCGAGUCCAUCCAAGCAGAGGAUGAGAGCGCCAAGCUGUGCAAGCGCCGCAUCGAGCACUUGAAGGAGCACAGCAGCGACCAGCCGGCCUCGGUCAACUUGUGGAAGAAGAAGCGCAUGGACCGCAUGAUGGUGGAGCACCUGCUCCGCUGCGGCUACUACAACACCGCCGUCAAGCUGGCCAGACAGAGCGGCAUCGAGGAUCUUGUCAACAUUGAGAUGUUCCUCACUGCAAAAGAGGUGGAGGAAUCCCUGGAGAGGCAGGAGACCGCCACCUGCUUAGCUUGGUGCCAUGACAACAAGUCCCGCCUUCGCAAGAUGAAGAGCUGCCUGGAGUUCAGUUUGAGGAUCCAGGAGUUCAUCGAGCUGAUCAGACAAAACAAGCGAAUGGAUGCCGUCAGACAUGCGAGGAAACACUUCAGCCAAGCAGAAGGCGGACAGUUGGAUGAAGUUCGGCAGGUGAUGGGCAUGCUGGCCUUCCCCUCAGAUACACACAUCUCCCCGUACAAGGAUCUUUUGGACCCGACCCGCUGGAAGAUGCUGAUCCAGCAGUUCCGAUACGACAACUACAGACUGCACCAGCUGGGGAACAACUCUGUCUUCACCAUCACGCUGCAGGCCGGUCUGUCUGCCAUCAAGACACCUCAGUGCUACAAAGAGGACGGCACCUCCAAGAACCCUGAUUGCCCCGUGUGCAGUAAAUCUCUAAACAAGCUGGCCCAACCUCUUCCCAUGGCCCACUGCGCCAACUCCAGACUGGUGUGUAAGAUCUCUGGAGAGGUCAUGAACGAGAACAACCCCCCCAUGAUGCUGCCCAACGGUUACGUGUACGGCUACAAUUCGCUGCUGUCCAUUCGCCAAGACGACAAAGUGGUCUGCCCCAGAACCAAAGAGGUUUUCAACUUCUCACAGGCCGAGAAGGUCUACAUCAUGUGAUCACGUAGGUGACACGCUAACAUCACCAUGCCAAAAGGCUCGCCGUCGCUCGGCUGAUGUGAUCAACCUGUGGAGCUGUGACCCCGCCCCCAACCCCCGCCUCUACCACACAGCCACUCCAGAAAUCCUUGUCCCCACCCCCAACACGUGAUGAGCUCAGAUUGACCAAGUUUCCUCAUCGGGCCAUUUUUAUCUCACAGUCACCGGGUGCUUGCCCCCCUCCCCACUCCCGCGAUCGGACGAGACCAGAAGACGAGAUCAUCCACGCACACGGACGGUCAUAUUUUCACAGGCCUUACACUCUCAACGGUAGAUACUUUGGUUUUAGUACAACCGAUGACUACUCUGAGAACAAUCAGCUCAUUUGGUAGCAACUGUUUGUGCGUGUGUGUGUGUGUGUGGUGGAGAAUGGAUGGAUCUACAUGCCAUCUUUGCUGCCUUUCAUCCCCCCGUCAUCAGGACUGCAACAGGCUGGCUUUUGUAAUGUAAAUAGUAGGCAGGCUUUGUGGGGGAGGAAAAGACUGUGGAGGUCGACCUCCUUUAGAAGCAGACUGAACAAGUUUUUUUUCCUGAUGUAAACUGGUGAUGGUUUAGCUCUUCGUUUCUUACUAAACUCACGAGCGUCGUAUUAAUCUCAGUAUUCUCAUGACAGCUGUCUUUGAUGAACAAGCGGUCUUCCUAUGCCUUGUUGAGGUCUCGUCACCUCCCUGCUUUAAUUUACUAUAUUCCACUUUCAUUGGGAAAUCGCGCCGUCACGUAAAAUAAAAAAUGUAGGAGUUGGUAUUGCUGGGACUGCUUCCACUGCGGGAAGACUUCUGACAAUAUUUUGGAUUGUGUCCCGUUUGUGAGGUCUGGCCUGGACCGUGCUUUGGACAAGAGGGAUAGAGAAGGCCCUUCCAUGAAAUGAAAGGGGAACUGCACUUAUCUAUGUUCACAAUAAUGACAAAAGAUCACGUCUUUUUUUUACAUUUAUUUGCAAGAUGAUUUAAAAAAAAAAAUGCUUGGAAGAUGCGGCUAAUGGGAGUCACCGUUGUAACCUUCAAAGCCUUCUAAAACAACUUCAAAACCCCAAUGCUUUAUAUACACAUAUAUAUGAUGUAGUAACAGACAUGUUCAUAACAAUAUGUUCAAUAUUUACCGAAUUUUGAUCAUAUAGUCAUUGCCAGAACUACUUCUUUGGCGCAUUCUUUUCCGUUUCUAUCGCAGCGUGCUUCUUUCAGUCUGUUAGUGAAUUAGUGAAUUAUAUUUAUAUAGCGCUUUUCUCAAGUGACUCAAAGCGCUUUACAUAGUGAAACCCAAUAUCUAAGUUACAUUUAAACCAGUGUGGGUGGCACUGGGAGCAGGUAGGUAAAGUGUCUUGCCCAAGGACACAACGGCAGUAACUAGGAUGGCACAAGCGGGAAUCGAACCUGCAACUCUCAAGUUGCUGGCACGGCCACUCUACCAACCGAGCUAUGCCGCCCUAUGAUCCGGAAGCUAUGCCGAGCUAUGAUCCGGAAGUUCUUACUUCCGGAUCAUGGCAGACUUGGUAACAAACCACAUGUAGUAACAGACAUGUUCAUAACAUGUCAUUUGUUCAAUAUUUACCCAAUAUCCAUAUUUUUCGGAGUAUACGUCGCACCUGCCGAAAAUGCAUAAUAAAGAAGGAAAAAAAAAAACAUGAGUUGCACUGGAGUAUAAAUCGCAUUUUUGGGGGUAAUUUAUUUAAUAAAAUCCAAGACCAAGAAUAGAUAUUUGAAAGGCAAUUAAAAAUAAAUAAAGAAUAGUGAACAACAGGCUGAAUAAGUGUACGUUAUAUAAGGCAUAAAUAACCAACAGAAAAUCCCCAGUGGUGGGGGCGUGCCAUGGGGCCAUUGCCUUUGAUGCUUUCUGCAGCAUGUAUAGGCUUCUUGCCGGUCCGGUGGCAUGUUGUGUGUGGCUUCCGCAGACGCACGUGCACGACUGCAGUGCAUGCUGGGUAGCACGGAGUACACUGAAGGUUGUGAUGGAAAUAACUGGCGCUCUUGCUGGUGUGCACCGCACUGUGAGCCCACACCAAACGGGAAUGAAAAACACAUUUUGAGAUUGAUUGAUUGAUACUUUUAUUAGUAGAUUGCACAGUUCAGUACAUAUUCCGUACAAUUGACCACUUAAUGGUAACACCAGAAUAAGUUUUUCUAUUUAGGGACGGCGUGGCGCAGUGGUAGAGUGGCCGUGCGGAACCCAAGGAUCCCUGGUUCAAUCCCCACGUAGUACCAACCUUGUCACUUCCCUUGUGUCCUGAGCAAGACACUUGACCCUUGCUCCUGGUGGGUGCUGGUUAGCGCCUUGCAUGGCAGCUCCCUCCAUCAGUGUGUGAAUGGGUAAAUGUGGAAGUAGUGUCAAAGCCCUUUGAGUACCUUGAAGGUAGAAAAGCGCUAUACAAGUACAACCCAUUUAUCAUUUAUUUAAAAGGUGCCUGCUAUGUUAACCUAACAUAUUAUGGUAAGAGUAAUUCAAAUAACUAUAACAUAUAGAACAUGAUAUACCUUUAACAAACAAUCUGUCACUCCUAAUCGCUAAAUCCCAUGAAAUCUUAUACGUCUAGUCACUUAUGUGAAUGGGCCAAAUAAUAUUAUUUUAAAUAAUAUGAUUUGAUAUUUUACGGUAAUGUGUUAAUAAUUUCACACAAGUCGCUCCUGAGUAUAAGUUCCACCCCUGGCCAAACUAUUAAAAAAACUGCGACUUAUCGUCCGAAAAACACUGUAAUCAUUGCCAGAACUACUACUUCAUCGCAUUUAUUUCCGUUUCUAUUGCAGCGCCCUUCUUACUUCCAGUGUCUUCCUACAACUGGAACAUAGUAGACUUGGUAACAAACCACAUGUAGUAACAGACAUUUUCAUAACAAUAUGUUUAAUAUUUACCGAAUUUUGAUCAUCAUUGCCAGAACUAGUUCUUCGGCGCAUUUACUUCUGUUUCUAUAGCAGCGCAUUUCUGACUUCCAGUGUCUUCCUACUUCCGGAUCAUGGCAGACGUGGUAACAAACCACAAAUACGACUACUUUUGGACAAUUCACGAUUCACAAGGUUUAUAUUUUUGAAUCUGAAUUAAUGGAGGAUGAACUGCUGCUUCUAGAAGCUGGCACGAAGGAAGGGUGAGACGUUGGAGCAGACAGAAGCUGAGAGAGUGAGGUGAAGUGAAGCUGCAAAAUGUGGAACUUGGAGCCAAGCUAUUUCGACAUAAAUGGAGUGCUUACCCAAAAUCAACAGGAAACACGUCCCCGGCCAGAGGGACCAGACGAACAACUGUCCACAUCGAGUGAGUCAUUUUAAUAAUGGAUCAUGAUACACGCGGCACGUCAUGCGUGUUAUUACAGCUACAUUACAUACACUGCAAGCUGUGUACAAACAACAUGAAAUAAUAAUUUACAGAUACUGUAAUAUGAUUGUUCAUGUGUUUCAGUCAGUAGAUUGGUGUUCUGUCACUGACGUAGAAGCUUGUUUAUCUCUUGCCAAAGUUUGCUUUAUGGCUAAUAACAAAGAACGCUGAUGUGUUACUAGGCUAGAACAACAGUUACUCCGUGUUGAUCUUACAAUAACAAUGUCACUAGAGCUUGAUUUUUACACAGGUUACGGAACGUAAGUAAAGUAUUGUUGGCGGUUUUUGAAUGCAUUUUUAAAGGGAUUUAGUGUUAGAAUUGAUUGCUCCCAUUAGCUCCAUUGCUAGCCACCAUCGCUUUAUACGUUGUAACGCAAAAGAAAACAACCGUCUUUUUGUCUCAUAAUGAUUGUGAACGAUCGGCAAAAUUCCCCCAAAAUAGUGCACUUCCUCUAUAAUUUCGAAUAAGAUUCAGGGACUGAUUGAAUCUUUUUGGUUACUGGCUGUGUCCCAGUAGUUGUAUCCACAUAGUCAAUGUGUCAAUUAUCUUUUGGAAUUUUAGGCAAUGUUUCCCCAAGUGAAGAAAGUGGAAGAACUGUCGACUGACAGUAGUACCUCAGUUUUUGAUCCAAACCCGUUUGAGUCGUGAAACCCAAUCGUACAAAAACCGUAGCAACUUUUCCAACAAGUAAAGCCAACAAAUCCAUUCCCAUAAAGCACAUUUUGCAAAGAAAAAAAUUGUUUUACUUGCAGAAAAUUGUGCAAAGUACAUAGAAAUGAAAAUUGUUUUAUAAAAGACUUGUUGGCAAAAACAACAAGUAACAAUUUGUUCUAGAAUCCAACCAUGUUUCUCACCUUGUGAGUACAGUGCAUGCUACCAGGCCUAAUGUGUAAGGAAUAGACGUUACAGUUUGGCUCACUUUGUGUACUAAUAACAUUGGAUAAACCGAAUCACCAGUAGCAUUCUUGAUUGGGCAAGGAAUGACACCAUUUUUUUUAGUUGAUGUUCUGCCGUACAAUAAAGGAGCUCAAUUUUGCCGAGAUGUUUUCUCAAACUGUGUCAUACAAACUUUGGUACCACUGUAUUUUUUUCCUCCUGUUUUAGAUAAAAGAUUGAGCCGAUCAGAGGAAUUUUAGUACGUAAGUGUGGAUUAAAGCACAAAUGAGCAUCAAAGUAUAAAUGGUCGAACUCCAAUCCCCACUCAAAACGAGUGACUUCCAGGCAUUAGUACACAGUUCUUGUUAAGAAAAAGUUGUUGCCAUCGAAUGCAUUCGGACCGUCUUGUGUUUCUGUUCUUAGACUAGAGGAAAAGAUUUGUUUCAUGAUCAAUAUGCCUCAUAAAGAUUUUACCAGACUUUUGAAUUUGCUCGUGUGUGUGUGUGUGUGUGCGUUGCUUCCUUUGUGUCUUUUGCCGCUCUUGAUGGCUGAGGGUGUGGUGUGACUUGCAAAUGUUACUCUUUUCGCAUGGAAAUGGUCUCCUGUGAAACUAGGAGGUCUGAGGGCGUGCUUGUGUCGAUCAGCCUGAAGACAUGCGAAUACAGUAAACAACGGUAAAGCCAACUUUGAAAAAAAAACAAAAAAACAACUUAGUUCAUCUGCUGGAAAAUAAGAGAAAUGUUUACUUUGACCCCACAAAAAUUGGAUUCAAAAAUAGUAUAGAGCAGGGGUCAGCAACCUUUUUGAAAGCAAGAGCUACUUCUUGGGUACUGAUUAAUGUGAAGGGCUACCAGUUUGAUACACACUUAUUGGACCAAGCUAUAUUUAUAUAAGACAAAUCAUUAUUUCUUGUAGAUUUUCCAGAACAAAAACUUGAAAAGAAAUUCAAAAGACUUUGAAAUUCAAAUUAAAUUCUACAGAUUUUCUAGAUUUGUCAGAUUAUAUAUUUUUUAAUUUUAAUCAUAAUAAAUUUGAAGAAAUAUUUCACAAAUAUUUUUUGUAGAAAAAACAAGCUAAAAUGAAGAAUUAAAUUAAAAUGUAUUAUUCUUUAUAAUAAAACAAAUAAAUUUACUUGAGCAUUGAUUUAAAUUGUCAGGACAGACGAGGAAGGAAUUUAAAAGGUAAAUGUGUUUUAAAAUCCUAAAAUAAUUUUUAAGGUUGUAUUUUCUCUAAAAUUGUCUUUUUGAAAAUUAUAAGAAGCAAAGUAAAAUAAUAAAUGAAUGUACUUAAACAAGUGAAGACCAAGUCUUUAAAAUAUUUUCUUGGAUUUUCAAAUUCUAUUUGAGUUUUGUCUCUUAGAAUUGAAAAUGUCGAUCAAAGCGAGACCAGCUUGCUAGUGAAUAAAUACAAUUUUAAAAAUAGAGGCAGCUCACUGGUAAGUGCUGCUAUUUGAGCUAUUUUUAGAACAGGCCAGCGGGCGACUCAUCUGGUCCUUACGGGCUACCUGGUGCCCGCGGGCACCGCGUUGGUGACCCCUGUCUUAGAUCAGAUAGAAAAUACAAAUGUAUAUUACAAGGCAGAAAUGUGAAACUUACUAUACUAAAAUGGUAUUAAUUAAUGUUCUUGAUGUACCUUGAUGUAGGGACGGCGUGGCGCAGUGGCAGAGUGGCCGUGCGCAACCCGAGGGUCCCUGGUUCAAAUCCCACGUAGUACCAACCUCCUGAGCAAGACACUUCACCCUUGCUCCUGAUGGGUGCUGGUUGGCGCCUUGCAUGGCAGCUCCCUCCAUCAGUGUGUGAAUGUGUGUGUGAAUGUGGAAGUAGUGUCAAAGCGCUUUGAGUACCUUGAAGGUAGAAAAGUGCUAUACAAGUACAACCCAUUUAUUUAUUUACCUUUCUGUCAUCUUAAUUGUGUUACUAAACAUGCGACAACAUAU